AUGGCGCUUUGGUGGCAAAGAGUUAAUGAUACGAUAGCAGUGGUCUGGGGGAGUCCCAAGGACCUAAAGGGCCACACGCUGAUUGGCGACCGCCUGCUGGCUGGCUCUGAUCGGACCAGCCCAGUGCGGUGCCCUCCCACCCUCUGUCGUGUUGACGCACCCUUGUUGGCUGUUCCUUGUGCAGAGAACGGCUACGCCAGCACGGAUGAGGAGAUCUCGGAGUUCAGCCUGGCCUCGGAGGGGAGCUUCUCCCAGUCUUUCACCAUGAAGGGCUCGGCCAGCCAGGACGACUUCAAGUUCAAGGGGGAACCUAAGCUGUCAGGCCAGAUGAAGGCUGUGUCGGCCGAGUACCUGGGACCCACGCUGGACAUCUCCACCAAGAACAUCACCAAGUCCUUGGUGUCCCUCAUGGAGAUCAAGGAAGACGGGAUCGGCUUUUCCAUCCGGGAUUCCUACUACAAGGAUAAGGUCUCCCGCACCAUCAGCCUGCCCACCCGCGGCAGCACCUUCCCUAGGCAGUCCCGUGGCUCGGACACCUCGCCUCUGACCCGGAGGAAAUCCUAUGACCGGGGGCAGCCUGCCAGGUGAGUGGGGAGAGGCUGGA